AUGGACGCGUGCAAAGAAAGUGGUAACUGGCGACUGGCUAUGUUUUUGUGGAACUGCUUGCGGCAGGCAGAAGUGAAGCCAAAUCGUGCCUGCUUCAACGCUUGCAUUGGCUCUUGCACGCAAAGCGGUGAGUGGCAGCAGGCGCUGACGGUACUCGGGGAAUUGUUGGAUUUGGCCAGGCUCAAUGCGCGUUGGCGUGACUCCUUGGCUGUGAACUACAGGGCCAUACUCGACGCCUGCAGGUCAGAAGGCUUGUGGCAGCAGGCUUUGGAACUAAUGACAGGGAUGCAGCAGCUAAGGUUGGAUGUUGACGUUGACAAAGUAUUGAAAGCAUUGCCGACAUUGUGA